AUGAUCGCCGAAACCUGUAACGACAUCCGGCUAUCUAGGAGCCUAUUUCCCACGCCCAAGGGCAAGGUGGUGAUCCUCAAUGGAGCCUCGGCUUCAACAAAGGCCGCCGUUCUUGGGGCCCUUGAGCCACAACUUGUCGACAGCAAAACCCAGAUAGUCGACAGUUACAUCAUGACCAAUCCAGCCAGCUCCGGUGUGAUCGAACGGGAACUGCGGCCAGUUUAUAUAGAGCAGGUGUUAAAGUCGGCAGAUCAAGGCCAGACGAUACUGCUGAUAGCUUGCCUGUUGAACAACUCUGAGGGGCGGCGAGAUCUUGAUAAUAUCUUGUCAACCUUCCGCGGCAAGCAGGUCUCACUGACUUGGGUUGAUGGCGACUUUGAACUCGGAGACUCGGCAUACGGCUGCAGCCCUGCAGCAGGUCAUCGGGAUACACGGGUAAGCCCGGAUAUGAGGAGAACCAUACUUCCGUCAAGAACAAGAAAUGACUUGGAGGGCAUUGAAUUGGCCACUCGAACGCUCACUGCAGCACACAGCACGCAGGAAUCUGUACAGGAACUCUUGGACCUCAUGGGCUUGACCAGGUGA